AUGCGUAACUCAGAAUCUACCCUUCGUGACCGCAUUCGGAGUCGCCCCUUUGCCGGUGAAGAAGCAGACCGUGAGCGCAAUUCCAAAUGGCGUACCGCCCGUCAACAUGGGGUUGCCAUGUGCGGCGAGUUUGUCGGCACCACGAUGUUUCUGUGGUUCUCUUUUGCCGGUGCUCAGACAGCCGCGGCGACAGGCGGCGUCGCUGACACCUCGAGUCAAGUCAUGCUCACCUCGUUGAGUUUCGGGUUUGCUCUCCUGGUCACCGUAUGGGCGUUUUACAGAAUCUCGGGUGGCCUGUUCAAUCCAGCGGUUACCCUCGCCAUGGUGAUUACCGGCAACCUUCCGUGGCUGCGUGGUCUGCUGCUCCUCCCGGCCCAACUACUCGGUGGCAUUGUCGCCGCCGCGUUGGUGCAAUGCAUGUUCCCUGGCCCUCUGGUCAUUGGCACAAAACUGAGUGGAGGCACAACACCUGCGCAGGGCGUCUUCAUCGAGAUGUUUUUGACCGCCCUGCUGGUGUUUACCAUCCUCAUGCUUGCGGCCGAGAAGCAUUACGCCACGUUCAUGGCCCCUGUGGGAAUCGGUUUGGCCCUGUUCGUUGCCAUGUUAGCAGGUGUUCGAUGGACCGGUGCAUCCCUCAACCCAGCACGCAGUUUCGGCCCUGCUGUCGCGACACCCUAUUUCCCCGGACACCACUACAUUUACUGGUUCGGUCCUAUCAUGGGAGCCCUGGUUGCCGCCGGCUACUACAAGUUUGUCAAAUAUUUCAACUACGAGGAAGCCAACCCGGGCCAGGACGCAACCGACCCGCAUGAAGAAAAACAGCAACAGCAGGUGGCUCAGGCUCAGUAG